GAUGAACCUAUUGUCCAAGCAUUCGUGCUCCUCCAGGGGCUCCUGUUUGUGCGAUAACCCUCCCGAGUCACCUCAAGCCUCAUUUCCAGCUUAUAUCCUCCUACCCCCUUCCCCCAUGCCCUCCUUCAUCCCUCCGUUUCACCAAAACUUGAGGAUUAUACCCAAACCUCUAAAUUAAUGACCUCUACGACCUUUAUGACUCUGUCGAUCAUUGCCAAAGGCCGAACUCUACUCAAACGCUUUUCUUCUAAACGCUCCCUUGCCCGUUUGCUAUCCACAUUCCUAUGCUGUCUUGCAGUCGUUGUCCCACCCUUUUCCCGCAUCGGCGGGAAUAAUGCGUUCCUGGUCCUGUCUCUCAAGGAAAUGGUGUUCUCUGUCCAGGAAAACUUGGCCCAACAAUUGGAGUUCACUAUUUUGAAUAUUAUGGGUGCACUGAUAGGCGUUGGCUUGUCAACGUUGGCCAAGUAUAUAGCCUCUCUAUACCCUGAGAAUUCCGUUAAUGGACGAGCCACUUGUGCGGUAUUCCUUAUCAUCAUCAGUUUCUUUGCCGGGUUUAUUAAGAGUCGACUUCCCCGCCUCCAGCUUUCGACGCGCAUAUCAUGCUUUGUUUCUGUCUGGCUACUUACCGCGAACAUAGGUAUUCCGUCCCAAGUCUUGAUAGACUCUGGUCGCUUCCUAUGGAUAGCUCUCACAGCCGCGGUCCUCUGUCUCGUCUCUUUGAUUAUUGUAAUGGUAUUUAUCCGUUGGGCCACUACGAACUUCGAGCAAGAGGUCGCCACUACAUUCGCUCUCUUACACCAGUCCUUGUCUCUUGCCCUGACUCUAUCAUUCUCCCCUGGACCCACUUCAAUUACCGAUCGUGAAGAUUAUCGUGCCUUACACCAACAGUUGCUCACGAUAUGUAUCAAGUUGAACGAAAGUUAUUCACAAGCAGCAUUUGAAUUUCGUGUUGGUCGUCUCAGCUUACGGUCUAUCCGACCACUGGUAGGCAUCAUUGAGCAUCUCCGUCGAGAAUUAGCCUGGGGGAUGUCUCUAGCAACAGACCUGGAGUCAAUUAAAUCCGGCAGCAGACGUGGCAGCAGACCAGGCAGUCGACCUGGUAGUCGACCUGGGAGCAGGCCUCCGUCGCGGCCAGGAACGCCGACCCAAAGCUCACUCACUCAUGCCAUAGGUCCCCAAGCCCUCUCACUAGGCGACGCGCUUCUCAGUGCCAUGAAAUGCGUAGAGUCUACCAUUUUACUAGUGUUUCAGAGAUCGAGCGCACUUCCACCCCCUUCGGACGCAACUCCUAUCAUUAUGGAUAAACGCGGGCAUUGGAUAGCCGCACAGUUACAAGCCAUUCACGAAGUCGAUGAGAGCCUGGUUGCCGCGCGCGAUCAGGCCAGGGAGCUCCUCAGAAUGAUCUUUGGGGACUUUCAUAUGGCUGAACGGGUAGCCCAGAAUAAAGUACACACUCACAAAGAGAGUUAUCACGGUAGUCUGGCCACCAUUGCGCUUCUGCAGAUGGCACAAGAGAUGCGUCAUGCAUUGCGUGUGGCUGAGAACCUACUUCUCCUCUACAACGAGCCUCAUUCACGUAUCUGGUUACCUCGUUUGUCUCUCUCUUGGCUCGGUGUACCACCUCGUCCCCUUAUAGCUGAAGAUGUCGCACCUCCCCCUCCAAUGCCCGACUCCUCCGCCAACAGUGUGUUCGAAGGAGAAACGUGUGUAUCGCGAUCAGAACGCAAGCAAGGUGUUGCCGAGCAGCGUUUUGCUCUCGGUCGGAUGCGUUCGAUUGAGCUGGAAGAGCAGCUCGGCGAAGGAGAAAAGGCGAAACGAAGACUUAGCGACCUUGUGACGUACACCUCAACCUUCUUCAUGUGGCUUUGGUCCAACGACACUACGUUGCAACUGCGGAUUCGCCUAUGGUCUUUCCAUCGAUCACUCAAGGGGUCCAGCCACCUCCGACAUGCUCUGAAAAACGCUGUAGGCGUUGCCCUUCUUACAUUCCCUGCCUUCAUGCCAGCUGAAUCUCAUGGUCAUCAAUGGUGGCAAUCCGUCCGUGGACAAUGGAUGACUAUCAGUUACCUUUGGGUCCUUGAAACUAAUACGGGAGCAACUUGGAGAACUGGUUACCUCCGAAUUUUGGGCACUAUUCUCGGUGCUACUUAUGCAUAUGUUAUAUGGGCUAUAUGUCGUACGAAUCCAUAUGGCUUAGUAGUCAUGGUCACGGCUGCAGACGUACCUAUAACAUGGCUUAUCACAAGAAUGUCAUUAGGUCCACUGGCAGUCCCGCUUUCAAUCACUCUGCCACCUAUCGCCUUCGCACAAUACACUACGGGAGAUCUCUCGAUAUCAGUGAUACGCCUUGCUAUCUUGCGAGCACUCCUGAUCGGUAUAGGUAUAAUAGCAGCGUUACUCAUGAACAGUCUAGUAUUUCCCCGUCACUGCCGCGUACUCUUUCUUUCGGAUACCAGUCGUGCUUUGGCUUUGCUCAGCAAUUUAUAUCUCACACUUAGCCAUGAAAUGUUCCAGGCCAAGCACUCUUUUGCUUGCGACGAACGCCGCAAAAUGCUGAAGAUGGAGCUCGGAAUUCGCAAUUCGGUAUAUCGCCUGUCGGCUUUCAUCGUCACCAUGAAUAGCGAAUUUGGCCUUUUACCAAAACCACUGCGUCACUAUCGCAGCGUAGUCACGGUGAUUCAGAAGGUCUUGGAUUUAUUGACAGGGUUGCGCAAGAUUCGAGAAAACAUUCCUCGCAAAGAAGCAGUAUCGGACGUCUUUCGUGAACGACGUGAAUUCGUACAGUCAUUCCUCGUUUCUACUCCACUCGCAUUGCUAACCCGAAUACAGAUGUCAUGCGUUUGUAUCACGUUGUUUGCUUGCCAACACGCUUUUCGAACUCGCGAGCCUCUGCCUCAAUUUCUUCCGUCAGCCCGACAUGCGUUCGAAUCCUUGGAGAGUCACAUAUAUGAUUCGCUGCUUCGAGCUCGUGAGGAAGAUCCUCACGCAAUGGGUCUUUCAUUGGUGUAUGCCUUCGCCGAGCAAGAAGUUAUGCGGAACAUGGUCAACGCGCUGGAAGAUUUAUUGGAACUGACAGGUCGACUUUUCGGAGCAUCCACUUGGUUGCAGGAUUCUGCAUGGACAAUGUCUACUGAUCAAGAGGGAGGUAGUCACGGAUGGUAUAGUACUUUUGAAUGGGAAGAGGAGUAGGUGUAUCAAAAUAGACAUGCGAACAAUCGCAAUUUGGGUUUUUUUCUUCCCUUCUGUUAAAUAUAUAGAUGGUCUGUUCCAUAGAGCUUGAUCGACAUACAUUCUAGAGUCUCCAAGAAAGGGCGGUACUAUACACUAUGUACAUUAUAACUACAGUGAUGAUGGUAUAGAAUAUCUAGAUUGCGAAGUG